AUUUAUAGCUUGUGUUCUAUUGCAGAAUCAGACUACCAUGGCAACAGCACAGAGGUCACAGACGUCAUUGGACUUCUGCCAUGAUACUCACUCAACAGCCCUCUUGCAGGGUUUGCAGGAACUCCGAUCAGACAACCUGCUUGUAGAUGUCAUCCUUUGUGUAUCCGGUGAAGAGAUCCCGUGCCACAGAAAUGUACUCGCUGCUUGCAGUGGAUAUUUUCGCGCAAUGUUCUGCAAUGGACAUCGUGAGAGCAAGGAGCAUAAGGUCACCAUUCAUGAGGCCAGCCCCAGUGCCUUGCAGCUUCUUGUUGACUACGCCUACACGUCAAAGGUAACCAUCACAGAGGACAAUGCUACAGAACUGAUGGAAGGGGCCAACUUCUUCCAGGUUCCACCAGUCAGGGAUGCAUGUACAAAGUUCCUAUCUGACAAUCUAAGUAUCAAAAACUGUAUGAAGAUGGUACUCUUAGGUGGCAUGCUGAACACCAAUCUUGAGGCAGAUGCGUUGUCAUUUGCCAUGAAAGAGUUUGCAGAAGCCAGCAAAACACCCGAGUUCCUUGACUUGACAAAGGACCAGGUCAUCAAGCUCAUCUCAUCAGAUGACCUUAAUGCCCCCGAAGAAACUGUGUAUACGGCAGUCCUGAAAUGGAUCAACCAUGACACCAGGAAGAGGAAGAAGGACAUGAGAGAGCUGAUGGAGCUGGUUAGGUUCCCCUGGAUGGACAAGAUUUACUUCAUAGAGAAAGUACAGACUGAUAAGACUCUGUACAAGUGCUGUCCAGAUAUCGUGUCAGAAGCUCAGAAGUAUCAGGCCUUCCCAGGGGAGGUCCAGUCACCUCGCACCCGUCCCCGCCAUGCCAGUGGUCUGAGGGAGGCAGUGGUGGUCAUUGCAGGGUACGAGAAAUUAGAGUAUGGAAUGGCUUCAGUUUGCAGCAAUGACAUUAUGGUGACACACUCAUCGACACCAUCAAGUGAAAGCUGGAUUCCUAUGUCCACAAUGAAGAACACGGAUGACCAUGGAUUUGCUGCGGCUGUUUUGGGCAUAAGUGACAUUAUUGUGGCUGGCGGAUUGCGGUGUCAGGACGUUUGGCUGUAUCAGGCAAAGCUUGACUCUUGGUCUAAACUUGCUCCAAUGCUUACAAACCGGGCCUAUUGCAAGCUGGCUGUGGUGCGAGGAAAAGUAUAUGCAAUAGGUGGAAGAAUCAGCCAAACGCCAUGCGCAGAUGUAGAAGUAUAUGACCAAAGCCUGAACAAGUGGACCAAAGGUGUUUCGCUCCCACAGCCAAGGUUCACACAUGCAGUUGCAGUGUUGGAGGGUAGCAUAUAUACGAUGGGUGGACGUGAUGACAAGGACAGCCCCACAUCUACAGUGUACCACUUUAUCCCGGGAGACUCUCAGUGGUAUUCAGCAAGCAACAUGCCUGAGAGGGCUCGUGAUAUUACUGCUUCAGUUCUCAAUGGUAGCAUCUAUGUCGCUGGGCUUAGCUUAUCAAAUGUGCUGUGUUACAAGCCUGAGGAGGACUUGUGGACUGAGAUAGUUAACACCGAGACUGGACUCGAAAGAUGUGGCAUGACUCUCUUUGGUGGAGAGAUUUACAUCUAUGGAGGUUAUGACGGUACGUAUACAGCUGGCAAUGGGACAGCAAAGGUUUUGCAGCUCAGUCAGGAAGACAAGUCACUUAAGCAGGUGGGAACCAUGCCCAAGGGGCUGUUUGACCACGUAUGUGUGACCAUACUGAAGGGAUGAGGCACAACAGAGUACACUGCACCUAGUAAGAGGUCACAUGUUCAACUCUUCUCAUCAAGAGGAAAAGCGACAGAUUGGACUGGAAUUGUUGCCUGUCAUGACUCAGAGUUGUCUGAUGCAGAAUUUUAUGAUUAAGUUGUGAAGGAAAAAUAUAUAUGGAUGACUGUGGAUAAGAUAGACUGACAAAGUUAAAAGAAUAUGAAUCAACAUGUAUAUCAUUAGUAGCAUACAGAAAUGCUUUAAUAAGUAGAAAGUAUUGAAAUCACAUUGAGCUUUUUCUUAUUGUUACCUGUCAAUAUUGAUAAGUCUAAAUUUCACCUGAGUAUAUAGAUUUUCAUGUGAACUCUGUUUAUUUUUGGAUAACUAGUAGGCAGUUUUUCCCAGAGAACAUGCACCCAAUGAUACUAGUACUAAGAUAGACAUGUGGCAAUUACUGUACUAUGCUUUGCUUCAGUCUGAGUUAAGUUUGAAUCUCAGAUUCAGUAGUAAUUAUUUUAGUUCAGAUUAAAAACAGGUCUACAGGCUUUGUUUUUGUUUCAAAGACUAAAGAAUUUAGUUAUACAAGCAUAUGUACAAUGUAAGCGUGGUUAAGAUUUUUUUCUAACAGCUGCAUGUUUUUUCUAACAGUUGCAUGUAUUAAACUAAGAAAACUAGUCUUGAAUACUGUACAGUUUAAGUAUCACAGAAACAAAUAUAUGAAAGUGGUACUUUUCUUA